CUGCAAGCUCUCCUGCGUCAUGAACACUCUAAAGUCUCUGUCUCUUCAUAACCGGCUUGGAAGACUGAAAUUGGCCUUCGGAGGUAAAACUCGUGUGUCGGGUAUUUCCAAAAAGGCAGCCUAUCGUCCCAGCUGGGACUGCAAAUGGCUCGUGAAACAUGAUACUGUCACUGCAGAUCGUUAAGUGGCAGGCAGAAGGCAACCUGUCAGUUGGGUCCUACUGAUAACAUAGCUCCGCUCUUCGUACACCAACGCCUCCGGAUUAUGUCAACGCAGGAAAUGCCGUUCCCUGAAGUCCCAGCCCCCUGGAAUUGCAGGGGUGAAGCGUUAUGGUUCCUUGGAUACAUUAAUCCUUCGAAGGGGUCGUAUCCGUCUCUUUCCUCCUUCAGCGACCUCGAAGGCUCUUCCACGUACGCCGACUCAAAAGUGACAGGAGAGUAUAAGGGAGGGUUGACUUCCCUCAUGAUUGUUCGGUAUAAAGAAACUCCUAUUGGCCCAUACGACGAGAUUAUAUGGUGCCCGGGUGCCUUCAUCGUACCUCAAACGGGAAAGGCAGUGAAGAGGAUUACGCGUAUCUAUGUAUCGACAAAGGAAUCGGUCUACAAUGGUCGAAAGAAUUGGAACGUUCCAAAACAUCAAGCUCACUUUGAGUUCACGCCCAACCCAAAAAUUUCAACGCCGGACGAUCUUCCCUAUUCGAAAGUCUCAAUAAGCUCCAUCCCUGAUCCUGAACAUCCAUUCUUCGUUGUCGACCUCACACCGACUAGGUUCCUCUCUCGAGCUUGGGUGCCUUUUAAAUCUAGCAACUUGCCCGUAAGCGGAUAUCUCACGUUGCCGCCCUUGCCUCAGAGUCCAAAGUGGCGAGAAGAUGCAUUGGUGGGAAGUGAUCAUUGGUGCGGAGUGGACCUUUUUAUGAAAGGUAAGGGAGGUUUAUUCUGGGCGAAAGGUGGUUUGGAAGGUGGUAAGUAUGGCGAUGAUGUUUUAUUCCCCGAUGUCCGACCAUGGAGUAUGGGGAUGUGGUUGAAGGAUUUUGAGCUAGAGUUCCCUGUAAGCGAGGAGCCUGGAAAGAAGUCGGAUUAGCAGUAAAGACUUUCUCGAACGAUGACCCAGGAUAUUGUUAGGAUGGUAUACUAGACACUGCCUUUUAUUUCAAUGAUUACUACACUUUAGGUGUCGGCCUGUCUGCUCAGGCUCUGCCUACGGCCGUGUAAACCAAUGAACGGAUGCUAAUUGA